ACUGUGAGUGAGUGACUGUGAUGCGCCUUACCUAGCAAAUGCAGCAUGGCAGCAAGAUGGAGACCUUGGACGACUGCUGCUAAGGCCGCGGGACGGUCCAGAUCCAGGAAACCACCGCCAGAGCCACUCAAGAAAUGGAAUAUUGUCAGAGGAGACUUGGUUCAGAUACUGGCUGGUAAAGACAAGGGAGUGCAGGGAAAAGUGGCCGCAGUUAUUCGUAAAGAAAACAGAGUCAUUGUGGGCGGUUUCAAUACUCAUAUUCGAGUGCGGUCACUGGGUGAGGGCAAGACUAUACGUGUGGCCAGUGAAGCACCUCUCCAUGUCUCCAACGUGGCACUGGUGGACCCUGGUGACGGUCAGCCGUGUCGAAUCAAGUACCAGUACACCGAGGACGGAGAGAAAGUGAGAGUCUCACGACGCUCUGGUAUGAUUGUUCCUAAACCACCUGAGCUCAAGGAGAGGAAAGACCUGCCCUCUAGGAGCGCCUAUUUAGAGGGAGGACAGGACACUCUGGCAGAAGAUGUCACAGAGCGUACAUACAUCCCUUCACUUCUCUCCUUCGAGGAAGAGAUAGCUCAACUGAUUCCAAGAGAACCACCACAAUCCCCCGAGCUCUCGUACAAGUCAAAACCAACCGUGACUGAGCAGUCUAGUAUUAGUCCAGCUAAUUAGUAGUAGGUGUCUUUGUGUCUCAUUCAACUUGAUUCAUGUUAAUUAAAUUUUAUUGUUCAAAA